UCGAGGGGGUGAAACGGCGCGGCCAGUGCGUCUCUCAGGCUCACCUGCGCCCGCGCCCACGCCUGCCCCUGCGCCUCCGCUUUCCUCCCACCGGGCAGACGCCGACCCGAGGCGGGAAGGGAGACGCGCUCGAGACGGUCAUGGCCUACCCGGGAUACGGAGGAGGGUUUGGAAAUUUUAGCAAUCAGCUGCCAGGAAUGCAGAUGCACAUGGGACAGCCAGUGCCAGGAACAGGGCCACCUGUGCUCCCUGGUGGAUACCCUGCACAUCCAGCUUAUCUGGACAGUUAUCCCUCAGCGGGAGACCCCAUGUGGACAUACUUCACUGCUGUUGCCGGCCAGGAUGGUGAAGUGGAUGCUGAAGAACUUCAGAAAUGUUUAACACAGUCUGGAAUUAGUGGAACUUACUCUCCCUUCAGUUUGGAAACCUGCAGAAUUAUGAUUGCCAUGUUGGAUAGAGAUUACACAGGAAAAAUGGGAUUUAAUGAAUUCAAGGAACUUUGGGCAGCUCUUAAUGGCUGGAAGCAAAACUUCAUAACUGUUGAUAAAGACGGAAGUGGCACAGUAGAGCAUCAUGAACUGAAUCAAGCCAUUGCUGCUAUGGGUUAUAGGUUGAGUCCUCAGACAUUAAGUGCUAUUGUUAAGCGUUAUAGCAAGAAUGGCAGGAUCUUCUUUGAUGAUUAUGUUGCUUGCUGUGUGAAGCUUCGAGCAUUGACAGAUUUCUUUAGGAGAAGAGACCACUUGCAGCAAGGGGUUGUGAAUUUCAUAUAUGACGAUUUUUUGCAGGGCACUAUGGCAAUUUGAAUGUCUAGAAUUUGAAGGCUGAAGGAAUACUGUGAAUUUCUUUGCUUGGAAGAAAUGAACUGGACUGCUUUGAAUUAAAGCUUUUGAGGCUUUUCCAUGUCCCUGUCUGUUAAAUCUCUUCUCUUUCUAUGUGUUUUUACUUUAGCUCACAGUGCAAAGCAAUAAAAGAGAUGUUUUUGUAUUUGGAAUAUUAUUGCUUUUAAGUAAAUUUAUAACUUUAGAUAAAUCUGCAUAAUAAAUAUUGGUGUAUGAUUAAGUGAUAUAAAUACCUCUCAGCUUUAAUUUCUUUCUUACAAGAUAGAUUAUAUAAGAAGCCAAAUGAUGAAAGCCUAGAUAAAACUAAUUUAUGCUUACCUGAAGGUUACAAAUUAUACUUGGAAAUUUUGUUUCUAGUUGUUGGUAUUUGAGGGUGAGCCAGAAGGAGAAGCCUAGAUUUUGUGCCAUGUUUGUAAUAGGGUUUGUUCUUUGGUCACAUAAUCAGAGAACAGAAACUCAUGAGUCUUUGCCUGUGAAGAAGGAAAUUGUAGUUCCUACAAUUUUAUCUUAAAUCACCUUAGGUGAACCAUAAAUUAAUGUAUGGUGAGAUAAAACUACAGGAGGCAUUGUUUUUCCCUUUUUUUUUUUUUGCAGUAUAUAUUUUUCUUCAGCAUGUUUUAUUGUCUUCUGUGGAAAAAAAAAUCUUAAUAAACAUAAUGUUUUUCUCUGCACUUUAUAGAUAACCUAAAAUGGCAUCUUCCUCUAAAUCUAGAUUUUUCUGGAAAUGACAUAUUUUUAAUGAAAUGUCAGUAUUUAAAUUUGUUCUUUUAAACUAAACAGUUUGUACGUAGUGCUGUUAACUGUUUACAAAGUUUAAAAAAAUCAAGUAAUCUACAGCUUUGUUUAAAUAUUCAGAAAUUGUAAGUUUGACUUUCUUGACAACAUUAGCUAGUGAUUUUGACCUUAGUAAACCAAUAAGGCUUUAUCAAUAAGUGUAACGUGGGUCCUGAGCGUGGUAGGCAGCACGGCAACAUUUCCAAGUGCUGUUGCUACGAAAACUGCAAAGUGGAGACACCGGGCCCUUAGCAUUUUAAGAUUUCUGCUAUAAACUUAGUUAAUCCAGCCCCUUUCUUGGCAAACACCCCUAAGUCUUUCUUAAUGAAGAUUUAAUAAACCACAUAUUUUUCUUACACUUUAACUGAAUAUCGUCCAGCUUAAAGGUGAAUAGAUAUUGACAUGAUUUUAAUAUGGCUCAUGACCAAGUUAAUAUUUAGUUUUUCAUUGAGACAUUUUCAUGAAAGACGGAGGUUGAAUGGUAAUAUCUUGAAAAAGAAACCUUUUAUAAAUGUAUAAAAUUGUAGAUCACUUUCACUUUAGGAAGUAAUGUAUAUUCAUGUUGAUAUUGAUAAUUUUAUAUAAUUAGCUGUCAAAUUCAUUUGGUCAGCUUUAUAAAAAUGUGUGAAUAAAUAAUCCACAUAAUUUUGUUCUCUGGUUGUUAAUUUUUUUUUCAUGAACAUAUAUUCGAUAAUGUGAGAGCAUGUUAACUGAGCCAUAAAAGAUACAGAAUUCUAAUUAGAAGUGUGGUAGGAAAAAACUAAUAUAAACACACUGUGUAUCAUUCAUGUUGAAUAAGGGUGAUACUGUGACUAAGCAGCCUGGAAUCUUAACAUCCAGUUCAUAUGGGUGGUUGAAUUGCAGUACUGUUCUGAGGUCAAAUAUAAUUUUCCUUAUUUGGAUGCUCAUAGUUGAGGUACAACUUUUAAAAUGGCAUGAUAUGACUCAUAUAAGUUUUGCCAAGUGACACUUUGUGUUAGAACUCUUUACACAAUUCUCUAACUCAUCCUUUUCCAAAGAUGUUCCUAUGACUUUUGGUCACAGGAGGUCUGUGAGGAAGGAGUUUCCAUGACCAAAUGUAUUUGGGAAAGUCUCACCUUCCUCGAGGAGCUUAAGAAUGUGUAAGGUAUAGAAAAUCUCUAGAAAAUCUCGUUUAAUUUUAUUUGACCCAAUUUUUUCCAAAUAUUUUUUUUUUUACACCGCAGAACCCUUCCUCUUAGCAAAAUUAAUGUUCCAUGCCAGUCCAACCCAGUUGUCAGACAGUUCUUUUGCACUUUACAUUAGAUAGAUAAUCUUAUAUAAACAUUAGCCAUAGAGAGUAUAUUACUAGGAUUUUUCUACUGAAACGCAAUUCAUGUUUUUGAUGCUUUUAAAAUAAUUAAUGUAAACAGACAUCCAUUACUAAGGUAAAAAUUAAGUAGUUUUAUAAUGAAUGUGAGUGGAAUAUGAAUAUAGUGUGGUAGUUUGUACUGGUUAACUCAUGCCCCAGUUUUCUUAUGAUGAUGUAAAUUAUUGAAUAAUGUACACUCUUAAUGUCUAAGUGCUUUUAUUUAUACAAUAAACAUGUUCUCAUGUCAUUUUGAGAAUUUUUUAAUAAACAUUCAAAUAUCUUGCUGUAAAGUUUUGCAUCAUACAAAAUCUGUUACACAUAUAUUAUGAGAUGUUUCAGUUCAAAUAACAGUGCAGUAAUUCACCUAUGCCUAAAAGACUGCCAAAUGAUUAAAUGUCAGGUAUUGCACUUCUAUUUCGAGUGGCAGUUUACACAUUUUAAAUUACAUCAAGGGGAAAUCAAUACUAUCGGAAUCUUAAUUUGGUCCACUUUAUAUGUAAUUUCAAGGACUGUGCUCAAUUGAUCUAUCAAGCAUGAAUUCAGAAACAAAAAGUAAUAAAAAAAAAGUCAAGUGAUAUGUUUAUUUCCAGAAAAGGCAUUUACCCUAGAAGAAAGUAAAAUUUAUUAAUGUAGUUAAAAUCUGUGUAAUUAAAAAUAUAACAAAAAAUUAAUUUGUGGUGAUUUCUUUAAGUAAAAUAUACAAAUCAAGUUCACCUGUUAUGGCAUUACUAAACCGGACAAACAAAAUAAAUACUAUUUGUCAGAAAUGUGCUUUUUCUUUGUCCUUUUAUGUUUGAAAGACUCAUAAAUGAUAUGUUUUUCUUGUAGCAGUUUUCUCGGGAGUUAAUAGGGAUAAAUUUGUCAAAAUCUGGUAAAUUAAAUCUAGUGAGUAGAAUU